UUGCGCAAGUCGGUCUCUGCGCAUGCGCGAUUUCCUCAAGCGCGUCGUUGCAGUCCUCCUUACGCACAGCCUACCGGAAUCAAUACACAGAGAGUACAAUAUGAGUUUCUCCAUUGAAGAAAGAGGAAACCCUAACACGUUGAGUUACAGGGUUUAUUUCAAGAGCUCAGAUGGAAAGUACAUUUCACCAUUCCACGACAUACCUAUGUAUGCAGAUGAAGCUCAGAACAUUUUCCACAUGGUUGUUGAAGUACCACGAUGGACAAAUGCAAAAAUGGAGAUUGCUACAAAAGACCCACUGAACCCCAUUAAGCAAGACGUGAAGAAGGGAAAUUUGCGCUAUGUGGCCAAUGUUUUCCCUCACAAAGGCUAUAUCUGGAAUUAUGGAGCAAUCCCUCAAACUUGGGAAGACCCAGGGCACAAAGACAAUGACACAGGAUGUUGUGGUGACAAUGACCCGAUCGAUGUCUGUGAAAUUGGAAGCAAGGUGUGCUGUCGUGGAGAUGUUAUCAAAGUGAAAGUCCUGGGUGUUUUAGCAAUGAUUGAUGAAGGUGAAACUGAUUGGAAAGUCAUUGCAAUCAACGUUGAUGACCCUGAAGCAAAAGACUUGAACAACAUUAGUGACGUGAAUCGACUCAAGCCUGGCUACCUUGAGAACACAGUUGACUGGUUCAGGAGGUACAAGGUACCUGAUGGAAAACCUGAAAACCAGUUUGCAUUCAACGGAGAGUUCAAAGACAAGGACUUUGCCAUUGAGACAAUCAAAGCCACCCACGGCUUCUGGAAGGCACUCAUCUCACAACAAACCAAAGCUGGAGAACUAAACUGCAAGAACACAUGUGUCUCAGAAGGAGACAGUCCAUUCUGCUGUUCGGCGGAUGAAGCCAAAGCAGUUGUUGAUGGAUCAUGCCCAUGUGGAGAGGCUAGUCCAGUUCCAAGCUCAGUUGACAAAUGGUUCUACUAUGCGAAGAACUGAAGAACAUAACACCGUGAACAGACCAGUCUGAUCAUUAUUUCAAAUAUGUAUGUCAUUAUCUGUCUAGAAUUAUAGUAUUUAAUGAAAACAUGGGCACUUAUUUGGGGACUGAUCUCACAUUAACAUUUAGGAGAGCUAACCAAUGUCUUGCUAAGAUGGGCUGUAUUUGAUAAUGGUGAAAUAUUCUGUGUAACAGAUAUUAAAGAUAGCUAAUAGUCUGGUCAAACUCAGGUACUGUAAGAUUCUGAACAAAUGCUUUAAUAAAGCUUUUCUCAUAUGACACUGUUAUCUUUAAUACAUUUUGUUCUGUAUGCGAUUCUUUAAAUAUUCUGUCAAUUACUCAAACUCAUGUUGUUUGAAAUUCACAUGACUUUCUUUGUUCUGUGCAACAACAGAUUAUGCUGGCAGCCUUGUUUACUUUCAUUGCAUGUCUUUUUUCCCCAUACAGUAAAAGUGAAUGGUGAAUGGAGAUGCCAUUCUACCUGAAAUCUCUGUUUCACAGAACAGUGUAAUACAAGUGUGGAACAAAAAAUUGUUUUUUGAUGAACUAACGCUUUACCAUGUAGAAUUUACACAACAGUUUAAAAUGUUUUCCUACACUACCACUGCUAUUAAAAAUUCUGGGGUCAGUAA